AGUAAAAAAUAUUUGACAAGAGAAAAGUUUAAACUCAUUUUAUAUUUUAAAACAAAAAAAAAUGAAAUUGUUUUGAAUGAAAAUUCACAUAUAUUAAAAUGAUGGAAGUGAAAAUGAUAAAUUAUUUUUCGAAAAACCCAAAAAAACCCGAAAAACCCUAUAGCCCUAUAAAGACCCAACCGAGCUUUGAAACCUAGGCCCAAAAUAUUUCUAGACCGGGCUCAAAUAUUUACGGACUUAGUGGGUUUGGGCCGGACCGGCAAGGCCGGCCCUGAGAUUUUGGAGGCUUGUGGCUGUAUUUAUGUAAAAAAAAUUUUUUACAAAUUUGGAGGCCUAAAUUUUUUUUCGGAGACUUAUUCGUAUGUAAUUUUUUAAAAAAAUUUGGAGGCCUGUUGCAAAUGUUUCACUACGCAUUUCCCAGGGCCGGCCCUGCGGACCGGACCAAUCCAAAUUGACACCCCUAAGUAACAGAGACCAAUAUGGUUAGAACAGACAAAUUUAUUGGAGAAGCAAAAUUAAAACUAACAAGUGACAGAGCUGCAAUAAUCCAUGAGAAAAGGAAAUGUCUCUUUGUUCUCAUCCUUUUGCUACUUGAAAUGUCCCUUGAAAAACGAUAAUAAUUAGGUGAUUCAAAGUGUCCUUUAACUAAUGUUGGAAUUUAAGUAAGAUAAAAGGUAGCAGCAAUCGGUGCGAGUCCACUGGUACUGGUAAUCUAUAGAGGGCCAUUGAAUCAUGAUUAAAAAUAUUGAUUACCUACCUAAUCAUGGCCUAUUAGUUUAGCAAUGAAUUCAUUAAUUAACAAUAUUGACAUGCUAAAUUCAACUGUUAUUAUUUGUUUAUUUUGAAAAAGGAUGGCCUAUAGUCAACGAAUUAGCGGUUUCAUCUCGAGUUCUUUUUAGUUUCAUGAUUUAUACAAAUUUCGCGUAUAACUCAGAUAUGCGUCUUUGUUAAACCUAAGUGAUGAUACAACAUCGACAUUGAUAUAUAGACCAUUCACUUAUAUAAAUUUAUGUUCAUUUGUAAUCGUUGUUUGCUUAGUCGAAAUGGUUAGUCGAGUUGUGCAUUCCUAUAUCUAAAUGAUUGUUCGUAAACAAAUUUGCGUGAGAAAUGAUAGUAACUUUUCACUUUAUGGUGGUGGUUGCUAUAUACAGCUACUAAAACAAUUUGAUGGUCAGUAUAAAUAUCUUCAAAACUGCGUGAAAAAAGUGGAGAAGAUUCACAAGAAGCAACCUAAAGUUCCACGCUUUUCCUGAAGUAAACAAAGGCUGAUGAAGAAUCCAAUAUACUAUCUAAAGUUAUAUUAUAGACAAUGAUAUUGACCAUUUUUAUUCAUUAUGGUUUGACAUUGAGCCUCGUUUCUUUUGUUAAUCGAGCCUCAUUUCUUUUUAUAACUAUGUUAUCUUGUAAUCAAAAAUCGAAUUUUAUAUCUUUAAUAAAAUAUGUUUAAUUUCCAAGCUAAAAAAUAAUCUUUGUCGGUUUCCAAAUGACAUUAAAGACCAAGAAGGCGAGCUAAAGAAGUUCUGCUAAAAUGAGACUGAAGCUUGAAGCAGGCUUGCGUAGGAUACAACGUGUGCACACGUCUAUGUGGACCCGUUGUUUUCGCAGUUAAAGCUGACAGGUUCGACUAUUGUUUUACACAUUUUCCAGAUUAAAAGCCAAAAACAAAUUGGGACAUUCAAAAUAUAAUCUCCAAAAUGUUAAUUACAAUCAUUGCCAAAAUAUAUACAUAAGAAUCUUAUAGUAACAGUAUACUCGCAUAUUGGGGUUAAGAUUUUUGAUACUUUGUUUCAUUUGAUGUAAUAGGCAAGAAAAUUAACAGAUAUUAAGCUUCCAUAAAAUUGUAUUGGGUUAAUUGACUCUCUUUUGUUUUUGUUUUUCAAUAUAGAAAGGAUAAUUGACUUUAAACACCAAUAAACAUAAAAGGAUUUUGAGUCGCCAUAACAAUUGUCAACGACACAACGCGUUUAUUUGAUAAUAUUUUACUUUGAUGCGCUUUAUUCUCUUAAGAUUAGAUAUAUGCAUUUUGUUGUAAAUACAUAUUAAAAUAGUGUUUAGUAUUUACAUUGACUUCACCACAUAAAACCCCCAUGGGCGAAACGAACACAUAUAUAAGCCAAAGGAUAUGGAAACUAUCAACACACAAGAAUAUUUCAAAUCUGGAAUACACAAACAAUCUUCUUUCCUGUUUAGCAUUCAUGUGCGUGUUUUUUUGUUUUUUAGGCAAUUUCUUUUAUCAAUUGGGCUUCUUCUUUUUUCUCUCUAGAAGCUCAUUUUUAUUUCUCCAAAUUAAUUAAUUUCUUUUGCACAAACUACAAAUGGAAAUAGCUUUGAACAGGAAUGACUACGUAGAAGAGUUCAUGAAAGCUCUUGAACCGUUCAUGAAGGUAACUUCAUCUCCUUCUUCUCCAUCUUCAUCAAAAGCAAUACCAAUUACUCAUGAUAACCAAACAUUACCGGUAUGUAAUCAAACCGGUCCAAUUGGGCUAAACCAGCUCACUCCCACUCAAAUCCUCCAAAUUCAAACAGAGUUACAACUCAGACAAAACCAAGCUCGUCGUGGCUGCAGUGGCCACGACCUCAAUGUUCUGAACGCUAAACCAACCCUAAUGAAGAAAACCAACGUAACUAAACCGGCUAAACUAUACCGAGGCAUUAGACAACGGCAUUGGGGAAAAUGGGUUGCUGAGAUCCGGUUGCCUAAAAACCGAACCAGGUUAUGGCUUGGUACGUUCGAAACCGCGGAAGAAGCUGCAUUAGCUUAUGACCAAGCUGCUCAUAAGAUUAGAGGAGAAAACGCUCGUCUCAACUUCCCCAACAUUGCUUUUCUUGGAGAAUAUAAUCAGACCUUGUCUCCUUCUGUCAACGCUAAGAUUGAAGCCAUCUGCAAUAGCUCAGAGCUUCCCCCGUCUAAGCUCAAGAAACCGGCGAAAACAGAGGAAGGGUUCUUUGGUUUUCACUAUAUGGGUCAUGAACUGGAGCAAGAACGUGAAGUUCCGGAUAACUUCGGAUACAGGUCGGGUUCUUCUCCAGAGUCGGAUUUAACGUUGUUUGAUUUCUCAAGCGAAUGUGUGAAGGAAGAUGAGAGCUUUUGCAUGGGUUUGCAGAAGUGUCCUUCUUUUGAGAUUGAUUGGGACGCUAUAGAAAAACUCUCUGGAUCUAUUUAAUCUUUCAUGAUUCAUUCGUUUAUAAAUUCUUAGUAGAUUAUAUUUGGGGAAAUUACAUGUUUACCACUUUCAUGGUACCACUUUUCAUUUUUACCACCACUAAUGAGACAUUUUCAAAAAUACCUUCUUCAUUAAGUGGCA